GCCACGCCGCCUGGCCGGGACAUUCCUGGCUCUCCCGCCCGGAGCCGAGGAGCUCAGGGCCUGAGUCUCGGGACCCCGCUAGGCGGUGGGGCUGUGGCCGGCCGGAGCUGGGAGCGAGGCUGCGGAGGAGCCAGGCUUCUCCAGCGCGUGAGCGUGGGAGGCUACGGACCCAGAACUGUCAGACGCCAGAGUCAGGCCUGGAACCGACUAAGGACUCCGAGGUUGUCAGGUCAGGACAGCCCGGCAGUGGGAAUAAAAUCGCGGGGGCCUUCGCCCUCCACUCCUAGCUGGAGCUGUGGACCUGAAAGCUACCCUCCCUGCUUAACAGAAUGUGCUAGAGGCUUUUGCAGAGAAGGGACCAACAGAACCUGGGAACUGAGCUGGGCUCAGUCAGAGACGUGAUAUCAGAACCAGGAAGACAGUCAGUGAGAAGUCCAGCCUGAGUCCCCAUGAGCAGCAGGAAGGAGAUGCGGCUGCUGUUGGCCCUGUUGGGGGUCCUGCUAGGGCCACCUGGGGCUCCGGCCUUGUCCCUUGAGGCCUCUGAGGAAAUGGACCUGGAGCCCUGCCUGGCCCCCAGCCUAGAGCAGCAAGAGCAGGAGCUGACCAUUGCCCUUGGGCAGCCUGUGAGGCUCUGCUGUGGGCUGGGUGAGCGCAGUGGCCACUGGUACAAGGAGGGCAACCGCCUGGCACCUGCUGGCCGGGUACGGAGCUGGAGGGGCCGCCUGGAGAUUGCCAGUUUCCUACCAGGGGAUGCUGGCCACUACCUCUGCCUGGCACGCGGCUCCAUGACUGUCCUGCACAAACUCAUCUUGGUUGCAGAUGAUUCCUUGACUUCAAGCAACGAUGAUGAAGACCCCAAGGCCAGCAGAGACUCCUCAAAUGGGCAUAUUUACCUCCAGCAGGCACCCUACUGGACACAUCCCCAGCGUAUGGAGAAAAAACUGCACGCAGUACCUGCCGGGAACACCGUUAAGUUCCGCUGUCCAGCUUCAGGCAACCCCAUGCCCACCAUCCACUGGCUCAAGGAUGGACAGGCUUUCCGUGGGGAGAAUCGCAUUGGAGGCAUUCGACUUCGCCACCAGCACUGGAGCCUGGUGAUGGAAAGUGUGGUGCCCUCGGACCGUGGCACAUACACCUGCCUUGUGGAGAACUCUCUGGGCAGCAUCCGUUACAGCUAUUUGCUGGAUGUGCUGGAGCGGUCCCCGCACCGGCCCAUCCUGCAGGCGGGGCUCCCGGCCAACACCACAGCUGUGGCAGGCAGUGAUGUAGAGCUGCUGUGCAAGGUGUACAGUGACGCCCAGCCCCACAUCCAGUGGCUGAAGCACAUCAUCAUCAAUGGCAGCAGCUCUGGUGCCGACGGCUUCCCCUAUGUGCAAGUCCUGAAGACAGCAGAUAUCAAUAGCUCAGAGGUGGAGGUCCUAUACCUGCGAAACGUGUCAGCAGAGGAUGCAGGCGAGUACACCUGCCUGGCUGGCAACUCCAUUGGCCUAUCCUACCAGUCAGCCUGGCUCACGGUGCUGCCAGAGGAAGACCCCAUGUGGACAGCGGCAGCCUCCGAGACCAGGUAUACAGAUAUCAUUCUGUAUGCAUCGGGCUCCCUGGCUUUGGCUGUGCUCCUGCUGCUGGCCGGGCUGUAUCGUGGGCAGACGCUCCACAGCCGGCACCCCCGCCAGCCUGCCACUGUGCAAAAGCUGUCUCGCUUCCCUUUGGGGCGACAGUUCUCCCUGGAGUCCGGCUCCUCAGGCAAGUCAAGCUCAUCCCUGGUGCGAGGCGUCCGGCUCUCCUCCAGCGGCCCUCCCCUGCUUGCUGGCCUCGUGAAUCUAGACCUACCCCUGGACCCACUGUGGGAGUUCCCCCGGGACAGGCUGGUUCUUGGGAAGCCCCUGGGCGAGGGCUGCUUUGGGCAGGUGGUGCGCGCAGAGGCCUUCGGCAUGGAUCCUACCCAACCUGACCAAACAAGCACCGUGGCUGUCAAGAUGCUCAAAGACAACGCCUCUGACAAGGACUUAGCAGACCUGGUCUCUGAGAUGGAAGUGAUGAAGCUGAUUGGCCAACAUAAGAAUAUCAUCAACCUGCUGGGUGUCUGCACCCAGGAAGGGCCCCUGUAUGUGAUCGUGGAGUGUGCUGCCAAGGGCAACCUGCGGGAGUUCCUCCGGGCCAGGCGUCCUCCAGGCCCCGACCUUAGCCCCGAGGGGCCACGGAGCAGUGAGGGGCCCCUCUCUUUCCCUGCCCUGGUCUCCUGUGCCUACCAGGUGGCCCGAGGCAUGCAGUAUCUGGAGUCACGGAAGUGCAUCCACCGGGACCUGGCUGCCCGAAAUGUGCUGGUGACUGAGGAUAAUGUCAUGAAGAUUGCUGACUUUGGGCUGGCCCGUGGCAUCCACCACAUAGAUUACUACAAGAAAACCAGCAAUGGCCGCCUGCCCGUCAAGUGGAUGGCACCAGAGGCCUUGUUCGACCGAGUAUACACACACCAGAGUGAUGUGUGGUCAUUCGGGAUCCUGCUGUGGGAGAUCUUCACCCUCGGGGGCUCCCCGUAUCCUGGCAUCCCCGUGGAAGAGCUGUUUGCACUGCUGCGGGAGGGGCAUCGGAUGGACCGGCCCCCAAACUGCCCCCCAGAACUGUAUGGGCUGAUGCGCGAGUGCUGGCAUGCAGCACCCUCCCAGAGGCCCACCUUCAAGCAGCUGGUGGAGGCACUGGACAAAGUCCUGCUGGCUGUCUCUGAGGAGUACCUUGACCUCCGUCUGACCUUUGGACCCUACUCCCCCUGUGGUGGGGAUGCCAGCAGUACCUGCUCCUCCAGUGACUCUGUCUUCAGCCACGACCCUCUAUCCCCAGGGCCAAACCCCUUCCCCUUCCUGGGAGUACAGGCAUGAGCAGGGCCAGAAGAUUGUGCAGGCAGGUAGGCCAGUGGCCUUGGGCCUCCUGGCUCAGCCAAAGCCUGGCACAGCAUUUGAGUUUGGCAGCCCCAGGUACCUGUCCUCAGAGUGCUGUCCCAUUUCUCUGUCUCCUUGGUUUGGUUUGGUUUGGUUUGGUUUGAUGUGUUUUGUUUUGAGACAAGGUCUCACUAUGUAGUCUGGGCUGGCCUUGAACUCCCAGCAAUCCUCUUGCCUCAGCUUCCUGAGUGCUGGAAUUACAGGUGUGCACCACGACACCUGGCUGGUUCCUCUUUGAGAAGGUUCAUCUGGUACAUCCUCGGGUUCCUAGGUAAGGCUCUGUGCCCUAUCUUUGGUUCCCAGUGCAGAGUUCAACCAUAGUCUCAAGGUCCUGCCUUUGCCUUGGAGUUAUGGUGCCAGUAUCCUAAUUGCCUGAGAGUCAGGAAGGUUGUGCUCUACCUCCUGACCUUGGCACUCAGUUCCUGUCCCAGGGGGUUGGCUGACCUAGCCACAGAAAUGCUGUCCUAAAGUCAGGUAUGGUGGUGCAUGCUUGUAAUCCUAACACUUGGGAGGCUGAGGCAGGAGGAUUGCUCUGUCUCAAAAAAGAAAAAGAAAUGCCAUCCUUAACCUUCCUGCUUCACAUCAGAAGUCACAGGCCUCUGAACUCCAUUUCCCUAAGUCUCCUUCACCUCCCCCUACUACUUGUCCAGUAUCUUGGUGGAAAGAGCAUUGGUUCUCGUGCCCUUGAGAGACUGGAAGCCUUCCCGAAACACAGGAGCAGAUGAUCUUUUAUAAAUUAUUUUUUGGAAAUAAA